AUGGACCCGCCCAAGGACCCGCCUCCAUUCGGAGAUGGGGUCAACAAUGGAGCCUCAAUAGAAUCCCAUUGUGAAUUGAUAGAUGGCCUGAAUCGCAUGACUCUCUCGACAGCCAUCACCACCCCGUUGCCAACUUCGCCUGUCUUAUCUGCCCACGAUGUCUCGCUCGAGCAACGACCCCAACCUUCGCAAACUACAGGCGCAGGCUUUGUUCGUACUGAUGCUGUUCCUCCUCAAGAACAAUAUCGCAAGCCUAUAGCUGUUCCUGCUUUACAAAAGCGCAAGUCGGCUGCUUCUUUGCGCACAGUCUCACAGCCUUUCAAGACCUCAUCGCCGGCUCCGCAUACCCCUCGCCGCAGUUCAGUCAACCUUGCGGCGUCACCUGUGACCACCUCACCACCCAACAUGCUCCCACAGGCGCUUACCUUUGAUCCUAACAUGGAGCCAUCAGCUCCAACGGCUUCGUCUAUUGCGGCAGAUAUGUUUGCAAAAGAAUGGGCCUUGCACCAAUCCACUGACAUCACCACCAAAACAGUCGCACUGGUCCAUGAUGCAUGUUAUGGACACCUUUUUUCUCGCCUCGGAUGGCCAGAAUCGUACUUACAAACUAUCAUGGAAAGACCGGAGCGGCUUCGCUCCAGUGCUCUUGGUAUCGCGGCGGCAUAUGUUCGCCUCGGUCAACGAUAUGAGGGGGGACGAUAUGCCCCCAGUCCAAAAAUUGACGUCGCUACCCUUUCUGUGCCGUUUAAUAUCCGCAAGACAGAUCGCAAGUUGUCCAUUCAAAGUCCAAGCGUUACAGAAGUGCACGGUUUCUCGUGGAUGUCUGAGUUCAAGGACAUUUGCAACCGUGCCGAGUCCAAACUUGCCAUGGCUGGCGACGAACUUGCCCGAUCUUACACCGUUCAAAAUGAGAAGGUUGUCCCAAAGGGUGACGAACUACACGCUGGUGAUCUUUACCUCGGCCCGGAGUCCCUGAACGCAAUUCAAGGUGCACUGGGUGGAGUCUGCGAUGGGGUCGAUGCCGUCCUUGGACCUGGUCCAGUGGAGCGAGCUUUCGUCUGCAUUAGACCCCCUGGUCAUCACUGUACCUCAGACUGGCCCUCUGGAUUUUGCUGGAUCAACAAUGUUCAUGUCGGAAUCUCUCAUGCAGUCAAGAAUUACGGACUCACCCAUGCUGCGAUAAUCGAUUUCGACCUUCACCACGGGGAUGGCUCUCAGGACAUUGUCUGGAACCACUGCACCCGGCAGCAGGAGCACAGAUCGAAAAGGUCAGCAGCAAAUGACAGCAAAAGAAGAGGACCUCCGCCUCUUUCGCCAUACGAAGCAACACCCAUCAGCUAUCUCAGUCUUCAUGAUAUUGAAUCCUUCCCUUGCGAAGAUGGCAACCUUGCGAAGACUACCGGUGCAAGCACUUGCAUUGAAACGGCCGACAGGUCCAUCUGGAAUGUCCACUUGGACGAUUGGAAGGAGGAAUCAGAGUUUUGGGAAUUGUACGAAAGUAAAUACUCGAUGUUGAUUACCAAGACCCGCUCUUUCUUGCGUCGAUUCUCAAAGCAGGUUGUAAAGGACUCCGGAGGCCGUCCACCCAAUGGUGCGAUUUUCAUCUCAGCUGGUUUCGAUGCCAGUCAGUGGGAGAACGAAACUUUGAACCGCAAGUCCAAAAAAGUGCCCACCGAAUUCUAUGCCAGGUUUACCGCCGACAUUGUUCGCUUGGCACAGGAGAAGGACCUUGGCGUGAAUGGUCGUAUUAUCAGCGUUCUGGAGGGGGGAUACAGUCAACGUGCUCUGUACACUGGUGUUCUCGCCCACCUGGCUGGCUUGAAUGAUGACAGUGGGCCUGGUGCUGCUUAUUCUUAUGACCCGAAGUGGUGGUCUUCUGCCAGUAUGAAAGAUUUGGAGAGCAUUAUAGCCGGCCCGGCUAAACCGCGAGGAUUCUUGAGUCCCACUGUUGCAUCUUCAAAUAAACUUGCGGCCUCUGGUUCAGAUCAGAAAUCUGGUGGUGAUGAUUUGCCUCGUGUCAGCUGUUCCGUGGCAACCCACGAGCUCUCAAAACUCAUCAUUCCAUCCGACAUCCGCACAACAAGCUACACCGCAGCAGAGCUUCCAAGGCCUCGCAUCUCACGUCGAAAGACUGGAAAUCUAGGAGACAUAACCCCGUCGGACGACCUCCUAACGGCAACUCGCCUCCGCUCACGAGCUUCCAAAACUUCAACUCCCCCUUUGCCUUCUACGCCUCCUGCGCGUCAGCCGUCCACUCCCAAGUCCAAGGGUACCACUUCUCGCCGGCAAUCGGGUCGUCCCAAAACCCCAAGAACUGCCAAGGCUACCGUGCCCGAGGUGCCUCCUGUGCCCACUGAGCACCUUCCUCUAAAGCGAGAGGAGCCCGGGACACCUACUCCCCCUCUCACACGUUUGGUCCUGAGGGGGCCUGCGCCGCCCUCGCUUCGCGGGGAUGGGACGAAUCGGUCGGACCACAUGGAGAGUUGA